AUGUCACCUACCCAGAACGAGAGGAAGCUUCAACAGAGUGGCAGUCACAAGGACGGCGUGAGCGAAGACCAUCUAUUGGCACAGAAAGAUCAGCCACAGGGGAAGGUGGCCACUGGCUUACAAGAGAAGAGGCAGAGCAUGGAGUCGACACAGACUUGCAUAACCGAGAGCCCGAAUCUUCCAGCACCAGGGCCCCAUCAAACUGCAUGCACACUCACCACCACCACUAUUGGCAAUGGGUUCGACCGAAGCCACCGCGUGCCUUUGAAGGCUACGAGCCGUCAGGGAGCCCUGGGUCGAACCCUACGAAUGCCUUUAUGUCCAAAGUCGGAGCCGAAGUUGCCAACACGGCUAUACAGUCGGCAAGCAGCUGGUCCCAAGAACAGUUUGGAGGCAGGUUCCCUGCCCAGUCGGCCACUGAGAAGAUCGCCGAGCUUGCAAGACCACCAUCCUGCGAUACCAGCAACCGCAUUCACUUCCACCACGUCGUUGACCCACCGCACGCCAUCAACCGUGAGCAAGCUGCAGUAUACCAGAGAGAAAACAGAGGCGCUUAUGAAGCGCAAACCACCACCUCCGCAAGCCAAAACGUCAUCCACGUUCACAUCCACCUCCCCGCAAGCAUUUUCACCGUCGGCCCGGUCGGAGGCAGCCAGGAUCCUGUCGGCCAUGUCACCGGCGAAGAAGCUGCUGGGUCACCAACGCAUAUUGGCGGCGGCAGCAUCGAGCGCAGACAAGGCGGUAAUAGUAGACCCGGCGAGCAAGCCCAAGAAAGUAGUUCGGAUGGAGGACAAGACGCAAAGUCCCUCCGAAGGAAAAGAGGUCGACGCUCACUGCAGCGGAAAGCCUAAGAUGCUGGUGCAAGACGAGCCGUCAGGGGAAUGUCAAGGCUUCUCGGCUCGACUAAAACUGAUCAUGGCUGGGUGGAGCAUGGCAGGUCUUUUGUUUGCUUGGGUUGUGCUCAAGAAAUAUUGGGAUGUCGCUGCGCCUGCUUUCACGGAGAAGUCGGCGAUGCGUGAGCGACUUGCCCAGAGGCGUCCCAUAGUAGGUGAUAUAAUAUCCAUGGUAUUGGCAGCGAACGCCAUUUUUGUAGCCGUGCUGGCCAGUGUCUAG